CGCAGACUUGCUGCUGCAGCAGAGCGGUGUGUUAACUUGACCUUCAUAACAGCGCUAGAAACAUCCACUUUCUACAAGGCUUUACUUCAUUUACGAAUGGUGAACUAUUCUGUCGAGUUUUUAUCGAACAGUAAUAUUUUUAGUUGUCAAAAAGGACCGAAAGACCCGUGUUUCCUCGAAGCUAUCAUGCUGAACACAGAGGAAAGUUCCUGGUUAUCGGGGUCUCGGCUUUCCAGCUCAAUCCCUCAGUCUCCGGGGCCUCAGUGGUGCUCCGAUGCCCCUCACCCACAAUUAAAGAUCCCGGGUGGGCGAGGGACUGCGAGGGAUCACUCCGUCGGCGUGCAGCUCCACAAGGAUGAGAAGUUGACAGUAACACAGGCCACUGCAGCGAGUGGGACCCCCUCUUUUCUACGCUUCCAGUACCAGCUGAAUGAGCGCCGCUCGGCCUCCUGGGAUACGUUUCUAUCGAGAGACAGCCUCUUCCUGGAGGUCCCUGCCGGGGCGCUGGUGGACGGCAGCAAAGAGGGGCUAACUGCUCUGCUUGAGUUUGUGGAGGAGAAGCUGAAAGUUAACUACGUGUUCCUGUGGUUCCAUAAAAAGAGAGAGGAUCGAUCGACCAUCUUCAGGACGUUCAACUUCAUGGGCUUUGAGAUGGUGAAGCCGGGACACCCCAUGGUACCGGCCCGGCCCGAUCUCGCCUUCAUGGUUUACUCUCUGGACAACAGCAGCUCAGACGAGGAGUGACUGUCGCCGUGACAACUCCCUCUCCCACCCUGUACCCCCCCCACCCCCCCCCCCCCCCCCCCCCCCCCAGAAACACACCUUCUGCCUCUUUUCUCCUUUCAAUCUGACACAAACCUCCCAAAGAAUCACUUGGACGAGGGUGUUACCUUUUUUUUUUUUUGUAUAGACUUGUGAUUUAAGGGGGAUUGGGAUUUUCUAUGUGACGCAGACUCCUCCCCCUCCUCCUCCUCAUCCUCCCCCUCCUCCUCCCUCCCAGAGGAGAUCUGCUGAUUGGAUUCACAGGGAGCGACAGAUUGAACUAUUUUGGGAUUUGGGCUAUUUCUUUAUUUUUCCCGCCGUGUGGCUCCUCUCUUGGCCACGUUAUAUAUUUUCGCGCUGCCAUCAAGAAAACAGUUUGGUAUUCAGGAGAAGGCGGUGUUUUACAUUAAAAUUCAGCAUAUCUCUCCUGACGGCUUCCGUUUUGAUGAGAAAAGAGACUUUGUGUGCGCUAUAUCAUGCAAGCUGUGUUUGGUAGGGAUACAAAGAGGGAAUGAUGUGUAUGGUAUGUUCAAUAAAAUGUUGUUUCACUUUAUAAAAAAGAUGGGUGAUAGCCUGAUUUGAUGCAUUUGACAUUAUAGCCCAUGUAAGCAUUAUUCUACUCUUCCUCCUGACUCAUCAUCAUUCCAGCACUUUUCAAGCUCUGUAGCCACAAACGUGGAGAAACCCUGUUAUUCUAAAGGUGUAAAAAGCAGCCUGUUAGUUGAGAUGUCACACCAGGCUGGCUGUCAGCUCGUGGAGGUCAACCACCUUCCUCCUCUUCCUCCAGAGCGGCCUCACUGUGGUUUCUCCUUCACACGUCACACACAGAAACCACUGCUUCGAGUUAUUAUGUUUUUCUUCAAAGACUGUCAUCUUAAUAAUUGUUGGUGUAAGAGGGUCCGGUUUAAAGAGAAGCUCCACUUUGCAUUUAAAUGUACACAUAAUGUUUUAAUCCUGUGCAGCCCCAGCUUGUUGCCUCGUGUGUUUUCAUUACGUCACAUUCAGAGUUAAGCAUCGGCUGUAUGAAUCUGGAUGGGAAAAAAUCACGUUAAGAAAGGUUUUUCAAGCUGCGACUUAAUUUCUUAUCGAUGUAGUGAAAGCAGGAAUUACAUACAAGUUCUUUAUGUUCUGUACAACACACAAAACAUGUUAUUUUAUGUAGAAAUAUCAAUUUAGGAUCCAUGAAGACACACGGGGGCUUCCUUCAGAGAGUAGAGUCAAACCAGUCGGACGCUCGAUUGAAACAAGUGCAAUGUUCAUAUUUUAUACUUCAGAGUCUUAUUGAGGAAUGUGUCUAUUUUCCAUAUUUCAUCCCAUGCUGAUUCAGACCCGCGCUAUAAUGUGAGGAAAGGAGCUCAUUGUAGAGGUACAACAGAAGCAGGUGAAUACCAUAUAUGCAAUAAGAGUACAAAUAAAAAACGCCAAAGAAUCCACCCCGUCUGUAAAAAGCUGGUUCAAUAGUCAGCUGAUGUAAGCCUAUGGUAUGUAAAGCAAUAUUAACGUACAUUCCCCAUGCCUCAGAGUAGUCUCUUCCAUAUUGGUGUUAGGAUGGGGGUUAUUCUUCUGCAUGUCUUCAGUUCAUACGAGUCUUCAUCGCUACUGAUUGAGCCCCUGACUAUAAGCUGUUAGGAAAUGUCAAUAAAUGAAUUUUCUCAGAGGUAUAUUUUUAUGUAUGUAUAUUUUACUGUGAUAGAUUAGGGAUUUGUUUUGUGUCCUCAGUGACCAUUUAAUGACAAUCCACUCUUGUAUACUCUGGAUUUCUUUGUCUUGGGGGGAAAAACAAUAAAAAUGGUUAUCUUAA